AUGUGGUGGACAACGGUCUUAAACUGUAUCCUGAAGACUGUCGUGGUGAAGGACAAGGGUGCCACUGGUGCGGGUCUCCUGGUUUUGGGAGAAGACGUCCAAAUACCGGAGAACGUUUCACGAGUUCUACAAAAAGGACCAAAAUAUUGUCUUGAACCUAGCAUGGCCGCGCAUGAUUUGCUGGCGUUGAACCGACGAGUUGCUAGGAAAGCACCAUCUGAACAACACGAUAGUUGCCUGCUUGCUGGUGUCGACGUACUCACACGGACUGUCAGCAGGGACGUCACCCGGGGUUCAAGGGACUCCUUUGUGAAGGUUGUGGACUUCUUUAAAGAAAACGAUCUGCGUCUCCUUCAAGCGGAUAAAGAAGGUGGAUUUGUGGCGAUGACUGCCGGUACGUUCAGCGAGAAGGCCCGUCUUGCGGUGGAGAAGAACUUUAAAGCUGUCAAACCUAGUGCUUGCCGUGUCAAGUCCAGAGCAGUGGAUUUGUGCAAAAACCUUGAACUUACAAAACUAGCUAAAACCAUUGGUGACUGUAAAGGUAGCGCCUUGUCUGUGUUCUUUUCGGCAAAAACGCACAAAGUGGACGUGCCUUUCAGGACCAUUGUCAGCGAGAAAGGGUCGUGGCAGUUGUUGUUAAGCCAGUUUCUUUUGAAGCAGUUGGGGGGACUGAAAAUUAAGGAUCCCUUUGCAACUUCAAAUGCGGAAGACGUAACGUCAUACUUAAAACAAACGAGACCCGUCGGGUACAUGUUUUCUGUUGACAUUGAGGAUCUGUUUUAUUCAGUACCUCAGGGGCAGUUAUGUGUGUCCGUCCGAGAGUGUAUAGACGAUAACGGAGUAGUGGCUUUUCAAAACUCGACGGGGGUGUCUGUGGACAACUUCCUGUCUUUGUUGGAGUUUUACCUCAGUUCCACCUUUAUUUCUUUUGAAGACAGACCUUACAUUCAACGCCAGGGCAUCUGCAUAGGGUCCUGUGUGGCCCCAGUGCUUUGUAAUAUUUUUUUGGCGCACGUUGAUCGGGACUUAGCCAACCACUUUGUCGAUGGCGGUGUCUUGAAGGUUUUUAGAUACGUUGACGAUUUUUUAAUCCUUUUAAAAAAACAACACCUGCUUAGUUAUGACGACUCUGUGGAUGAGAUUUUAACCGCUUUUAAUGUUCAUGGGUUGGGCCUGUCCUUUACACAUGAGCUUCCAACCCAUGACUCACUCCAGUUCCUGGAUAUAAAAUUGAUGUUAAAAAAUAAUCAUUUAUGCUGGCGUUAUAACCCUCGAGUACAGAAGGGGCUGCUGCCGUAUGACUCGGCUCACUCAAAAACUGUUAAGCGAGCCAUCGCCUCCCUCUGCUUAGGGUCCGCCCUCAGGAAGUCGUGUCCACACUCUAUGCACAGAAGCUUUAAUGAUCAGGUAGCCAGGCUGAAGUCUGCCGGUUUCCCCUGCUCGGUCAUUACGGCGGUUGCUGAGACGUUGCUCCAGAAGACCAAGGAAAAGCAGAGGACGCGGCCAGAGCCGCCACAAAGGAAGUGUAGACCAGAAGUGGUGCCAUAUAUACACAAAGUGUCCCACAACCUCAAGAAGGUAGCGAAUAGGUACAAUGUACCUUUCGUAUUCUCUGCGCCACGCAAGCUUGCGGGCCUUUGCCCGAGGAUUUCCUCGGGAAGAGAAAAGACAAGUGGCUGCAACAAAAAGCACGCCCGACCGUUUGUGGAUUGUGCCACAGCGGUGGUAUACGAGAUUCCGCUCUCGUGUGGGAAAGUAUAUAUUGGUCAAACUGGUCGCUGCGUUAAUGACCGCGCACGGGAACAUGAAUUGUCGAUCAGGAAUAAAGGCAAUGCACACUUGCCUACUCACUGUGCCGACUGUGGGUGUGAUGCGCGAUUUCGGGAGAUUAGGAUCUUGGGUAGAAGCAAAGACAGCACAGCCAGAGAAUUGAUGGAAGCUUUUUAUAUAAAGAAGAACCAUGACUGUGUCAGCGAUACCUCGGUUUCUUUGUUUGAAAGUGAAGUGCAGUUUUUA